AUGCAUGAGAUGAGAAAUAUUGAGAUGAAUUUGUGUUAUCAGACUUAUGACAUUUUAACACUGCACCACCGCCAGGAGAAAAUCCUCCAAGUGGGUCCUGUUGAGAGCGAUGGAUUUUUAGUGGUUGAAAGUGAUGUUGAAAGUGAAUUUGGGGGUUCAAUUGUAGAAAUUGCGUUAAAUAAAAGAACAUAUUUGGCCAUAUUCAAACAAGCCCAUGAUUAUUGGCAUGAUUGCAGAUCUCAGUUCAAAAGUAUCGAAACCCAAUCCACAGAUAAGUUGUGGGACUUGUACAAAGUCACAGUAAGCUACUUACUCACCACUAAUGAUCACCAUUAUAUAGUUGGGAUUCAUGAAAAUAUAUUGACAGAAUUGUAUAACAGAGGAGAACCCAUCUUGGACACUGAAUUAGAAAUCAUAUCGACUUUGAUUUCAAGCAAGAUGCGUAAGGUGAAUAAAAACUCAUUACUCUGGCAUUUGAUGAAGAAAUUGACGACAAUUAAUGGAACCGUUGAUGAAAUAACGAUCUAUCGAAUUUUCAAAUCAUGCCAGUAUCAUCCGUGCAAUUAUUAUGCCAGUGAGUUUCUCAUUUGGUUAGUUAGAGUUCGAAGAUUAUUGGGUCAAGAUAAUGAACUCAUUGAACAAUUAUUGGUGAAAAGCUGUCGUUCUGAUUUACUGGAUGUUUCCUUAUGGAUAACCUUGAAACAGUACUUGCAAAUCAAUAAUGAAGUUGUCAUCUCAGAUUAUAAUGUCAUGGUAGAUGAUGUCAAUUCCAAGUUCAAAUCACACAUAAGUCAUCUAGUUGCUAAACAACACCUUGAAGAUCAUAGCCACUUGAUAUCAACUCAAUUGAAUUGGUUAUUCACCAUAAAAUGUCAAAAUGAAACUCCUUAUAUACUGUUAGUCGACUACACCAAGGAACUUAUGAUCCAACAAAUCUCCAAAGAGACUCAACAGUUGGACAAACUAGAUAAAUCAGGAGUCCUUUAUUCUGAUCAAAUUGACUAUAUAAGAAUACUAACAAAAGUAUCGCGAAGAUAA